AUGUCGAAACCCUUUUUCGCCAAGGUCAAGAGCGUGCUGAGCGGCGACACCCUGGUCCUUACCGCCCCGAACAACCCCAAAGCCGAAAAGACCGUCUCCCUCGCCUACGUCAGCGCGCCUCGCCUCAGCAAGGAAGGCGACGAGCCCUUCGCUUUCCAAUCAAGAGAAUACCUCCGCGAGCUCGUCGUCGGCAAGCAGAUCCAGUGCACAGUAGCUUACACCGUAAAGUCUGGUCGCGAAUUCGUCUCUGCCCUGCUCUCCCGCGAUGGCCCUUCCCUCCCCGAUGAAGCCGUCAAGGCUGGCUGGCUCAAGGUCAGAGAAGAGGCCGGCGGCAAGGAAGACGACGAGGCGAUCCUCCAGCGCAUCGACAACCUGCGGCAACUGGAGACCCAGGCCAAGAACGAGGGCAAGGGUCUCUGGGCUGGCACCGGUGGCAACAUUGAGGUUCAGAACGAUCUCGGCGGCCCGGACUUCAUGAAGCAGUGGAAGGGCAAGACCGUCGAUGGUAUCGUCGAGAGAGUUCUCAGCGGUGACCGCUUGCUUGUGCGGCUUCUGCUCUCGGAUAAGAAGCACGUGCAGGUCAUGACGCUCCUUGCCGGAGUCAGAACGCCUGCUACCGAGCGAACGGUCCAGUCCACCGGCCAGACCCAGCCCGCGGAGGAGUUCGGCAACGAGGCUAAGAACUUCGUUGAGGAGAGGCUGCUCCAGCGCCGCGUCAAGGUCGACAUCGUUGGCGCUAGCGCUCAGGGCCAGCUCGUCGCUGCUCUGAUCCACCCCAACGGCAACAAGAACAUCGCCGAGUUCCUCCUGCAAGAGGGUCUGGCGAGAUGCAACGACUUCCACUCCACCAUGCUCGGCGAGAAGAUGGCCAGCCUCCGCGCUGCCGAGAAGACCGCCCAGGGAAAGAAGCUUCGUCUGCACCAGCACCACGUCGCCAAGGCUGGCGGCUCCCAAUCAGACAUGAUUGUGUCCAAGAUCAUUGGUGCUGACCAGAUCAUCGUCCGAACAAAAUCCGAUUCUACCGAGAAGCGCAUCAACUUGAGCAGUGUUCGUGGCCCCCGUGCCAAUGAGGCUUCUGAGGCGCCCUACAAAGACGAGGCGAAGGAGUUCCUGCGCAAGAAGCUCAUCGGAAAGCACGUUCAUGUGACUAUUGAUGGAAACAAGCCUGCCACCGAGGGCUUCGAAGCUCGCGAGGUUGCCACUGUCACUGAGAAGGGCAAGAACAUCAACCUUAUGCUGGUCGAGGAGGGUUACGCCACUGUUAUCCGUCACCGCAAGGAUGACACCGACCGCGCCUCCAACUACGACGAGCUCCUUGCUGCUCAGGAGAAGGCCAAGGAAGAGAAGAAGGGUAUCUGGUCUGGCAAGGCACCUAAGCUCAAGUCGUUUGUUGAUAUCACCGACGUACAGAAGGCCAAGAUUCAGCUUGGCACUUUGCAACGCCAGAAGAAGAUCCCCGCCGUCGUCGACUACGUCAAGUCUGGUUCCCGUUUCAGCGUUCUCAUCCCCCGCGAGAACAUCAAGGUCACUCUGGUUCUCGGUGGUGUGCGCGCUCCUCGUGCCCCGGGCCCCCGCGGCGAGAAGGGCGAGGAGUUCGGCGAGGAGGCGGCUGACCUUGCCACCCGCCGCUUGAACCAGCGCGACGUCGAGGUCGACAUCUACGACAUCGACAAGGUAGGAGGAUUCAUCGGCGACCUCUACGUCAACCGCGAGAGCUUCGCCAAGAUCCUCGUCGAGGAGGGACUGGCAUCUGUCCACGCUUACUCUGCUGAGAAGUCCGGCAACGCCAGCGAGCUCUUCGGCGCCGAGAAGAAGGCCAAGGAAGGCCGUAAGGGUCUCUGGCACAGCUGGGACCCGUCUCAGGACGAGGAAGAGGAGGCCGUCGAGGUUGAGACUACCAACGACACCCCUGAGGCCUACGACAACAAGCCGAAGGAUUACCGUGACGUUGUCAUCACCAACAUUGAUGGUAACGGAAAGAUUAAGAUCCAGGAGAUUGGAAAGGGCACCGCGGCUCUCACCACUCUGAUGAACGACUUCAAGAAGUUCCACCUGGACUCUAAGAACGCUAAGCCUAUCGGUGACGCGCCGAACAAGGGAGACUUUGUCGCUGCCAAGUUCUCCGCCGAUGGCCAAUGGUACCGUGCCCGCAUCCGCUCAAAUGACCGCGCGGCGAAGGUCGCCGAAGUCGUCUACAUUGACUACGGCAACACGGAAAAGCAGCCCUGGUCCAAGCUGCGUCCUCUGGACCAGCCGCAGUUCACUACGCAAAAGCUCAAGGCCCAGGCUAUCGACGCUUCCCUGUCAUUCCUGCAGCUUCCGAUUGCGGCCGAAUACUACCAGGAGGCCCUCGACUGCAUAGCCCAACUCACCGAGGGCAAGGAGCUGGUUGCCAGCUUCGACUUUAUCGACAGCAAGGACAACAUCAGCUACAUCACCCUGUUCGAUUACAACGUUAGCGACAAGAAGCCCGGCCCGAACGACUCCAUCAACAAGGAGAUCGUGGCGAACGGUCUGGCCAUGGUUCCCAAGAAGCUCAAGGCGUGGGAGCGCAGCAGCCAGCACGCCGCUUACCUCAAGCACUUGAAGGAGGUCGAGGCCAGGGCGAAGGAGGAGAGGCUAGGCAUGUGGGAGUACGGCGACAUCACGGAGGAUUAA